AGUAAACGAAAGAGAAAACUUUUCUCUUUUAUAAAAUUUCAACGUCCAUUCUUGGAGAAUUACGGUUUGUCCGGAAUUUUCUCUCAAAGUGAAAUUUGACAGUAUGCUUAUUGGUCGUUUACAAAAAAAACGCGAGAUAUGGAUACAAGCCUGUUACCUGAGUGGAAUGGAGUCUGAAAAUAACAAAUCCACAAAGGAAUAUCGCGUAUUAGAACUAUUCAGUGGAAUUGGAGGAAUGCACUACGCAAUCAGGCGAUCUGGCAAACCGUUCAAAAUUAUGACCGCCAUCGACAUCAAUCCUGUUGCGAAUAGCAUUUACAAUCACAAUUUUGCUUCAAUCAAAGCAAAAAAUAGUAACAUUCUCAGUUUAUGCCCGGAAACGAUCUGCAAACUCGGAGUAGAUGUAAUCCUUAUGUCCCCUCCGUGUCAACCGUUUAGUCGAAAUGGCAACUUCGGCGACAUCGAUGAUCACCGAGCGGAUCCUUUCGUACAUAUCUGCGAUCUGCUGGAUAGAAUCCCAUCUGUUCGGUUUAUACUUCUGGAAAAUGUUAAGGGCUUCGAACGAUCACAGGCAUGUGAGUUGUACAAGAAGAAACUUACUGCCGCAGGGUUUUACUUCAAGGAGUACAUUUUAUCGCCGCACAGUUUCGGUGUUCCAAACACCCGACAUCGAUACUACUGUGUGGCCAAACGAGUUCCGUUUCAAACGCAAUCAAACGGGUUUACUAUGAGUCCCCGUUCGGAAUACAUUCAGCCGGUUAAAACUAUCGGCGAAAUGGUAGAAACAAACCCAAGCUGCGUUGGUCGAUAUCUGUUGAAAGAUGACCUUCUUCGAAAGCGAUUGGCCGUCAUGGAUGUGUGUACAUCGGACUCCGUUAAUUCGAUGUGUUUCACUAAAGCCUAUACGCACUAUGCGGAAGGAACUGGAUCGGUUUAUAGUCCACUAUUGCGGGUAGAGUUUGAUGCCAUCUACAGGCAGAUGGAAGCUAGCAAUGAUGAAGAAGAAAAGCAGCGCUUGAGGAAGCAACUAGGAUUGCGCUAUUUCACUCCGAAGGAAGUUGCCCGGUUGAUGUGUUUCCCGGAGGACUUUGAAUUUCCUCCAGAGAUUAGCGACAAGCAACGUUACCGGGUUUUGGGGAACAGUAUAAAUGUGAUGGUUGUCAGUUCAUUGUUUGAUGAGUUAUAAUACAAUUCUCAUGAAUGUU